AUUAUAUAUUAAUAAGAUAAUUAUUAUUAUUAUUUCGUGGAAAAUAACAGUAGGCGUUUUAUACAGUCAACUAGUAGCUAUGUGUGAUAAAACUAAAUCCCAGACUGAAACCUCCCACGUGCUUUUCACACAUUCAUACAACGUUCCACGUGUGUGGAAUGGAAUUUGGUAACAGGGUUGUAUCUAUUGCUCUUAUUGUAGCCUGCGACCUCCUCUGGUCCAAUGAGCAAUAGCGGAAAAAGGCCGAGUGACGUAGGGGUAGCGAGAAGAAGUGCCUGACAGACCAUACGCAGGGCAAAGCGGAAAAAGGGCAAGUGACGUAGGGGUACAGGAAGAAGUGCCUGACAGACCAUACGCAGGGCGCAGAGGCCUCGCGGCGGGCAGCGGUGCGCGCUGACGUCACUCCCAGAGGUUGCCACGCAGACACAGACAGCAGCAUGAUGUGGAAGUUAGUAAGCUGCACGCUGUGCCUCUUUGUUUCUUUGUUUGUUUUGAAGACAACAGCUGAUCUGGACGCCGAGAUCAAGGUCGAGGUUCUGUUCCGACCCGACCAGUGCACCCCGAAGAGUAAAAGAGGGGAUAUGAUCAACGUCCACUACGAUGGCUUCCUCGCCAAAGAUGGUUCUCAGUUCUACUGCAGUCGAUCAGACAAAGACGGGCACGCUCAGUGGUAUGUGCUGGGCAUCGGACAGGUCAUCGCAGGCCUUGACCAGGGGAUGGUGGACAUGUGUCCUGGGGAGAAACGGAAAAUAACCGUUCCACCUGGCCUGGCCUUUGGCUCCGCUGGCAAAGAUCCUGUGCCGCCCAAUGCUACGGUGGUCUUUGAGGUGGAGCUUUACUCGAUUUCAAGAGGACCUCGCAGCGUGGAGGCUUUCAGAGAGAUGGACCUUGAUGGCGACAGAAGUCUCUCGAAGGCAGAGGUGAAAGCAUACUUGAAACUGGAUUAUGAAAAAUCUGGGCGGCCCCGUGACGAUCCGUUCUACGAGAAGCUCGUGGCUGAUGUGUUCCGCAAGAGUGACAGCGACUACGAUGGAGUGAUCAGUGCCAAAGAGUAUAACGUAUACCAACACGACGAGCUCUAGUCCAGCUGCUCAUUCCUGUUACAUGAUGGAUUUUGUUCAAUUACUCGGGUAGUUAAAAGGAAAGUGCACCACCAGAUGGCUAUAUGAAUUAAGCAUUUAAUUGCAUAACUUGUUCUUGUAAUGACAAAUAAACCACCUUGUGAUGUCGUUUUUCAACCCCAUCAGCUGGUUGUAAGGAGUCACUGAGACGUCUUUCCAAGCCUGCAAACUAGCCCUUUACUACAUUUCUUAUUUCAAAUGUUUUCUUGUGUUGUUUUUUUUGUCUCAUUUCCUGAUGAAAAUUGCAGCACACAAAUGAACCCCGUGUUGCACAGUGUUGUGGAGUGGAAACGGUAACGUGUCAAUACAAAGGCUUUUCACCAAGAUUGGAUUUAACUUGCAGCUGUAUCUGGUAUUGAGGACUUUGAUAGUGUUUCUCUGACCUGCAAUGACCCUGAAUACAUGACUCACUAAUGUGCACGACAUGCAAGUUCAUAUGUAGAUGUUUUCUCUGCAUAAGUUUACGUAUGUUUCCACGACAAAAUCAUUUCAAUUUGUCUUCAGAUCAAUUAGUGCAACGAUUCCUCUCCAGUGUGCUGAGUGGCAUUUACAUUAACUACUAACCCCUAGAAGGUGGUGUUUGCCUAAAUGAGAGCUGUUUGACAGUACUGCAUACAGCUGUAUAUCAUCAGACCUACUUUGUAAUAAAAGACAAUAAAUAUUAUCAUUUCUUUGA